UGCUCGUUUUGACACGACUAGCCAGAAGUGAUCUAGUGUACUGACACACGAAGAUAUAAUAAUGACCUAGUGUAUCUCUUAUUCUGCGCUUCAGGCAUUCAUUGAUGGUGCUCGAAAUCCGAAGAUUUGAUUCAUUUGAUGUGAUUCAAUGAAUCAGUCCGUUUAAAAGGGAGAGACGAGCGCACUCUGUGAGCAAGCAAGUCAAUCGACGGAGAAUUCCCCAUGGCUAAUGGAUCCGACGACGGCGAUCGGUCAUCUAGAAAGAGGCUGCGACCUAUCGGAGUUACAGCCGAAGAAGAGGUAGAAGCAGAAGCACAAGAAGAAGCAGGAGAUGACGGCGGCGAAGGGGAGGCAUCGGAGAAGCCUCCGAACUUUACCCAGACCUUUAUGGAUCUGCGUUUGCUCGAUUGCUCCAUUUGCUUCGAGCCACUGGAGACUCCCAUCUUUCAGUGUGACAAUGGUCAUGUGGCUUGUUCUCCUUGCUGCACCAAGAUGAGGAACAAAUGCCCGUCUUGCGCUUUUCCCAUCGGCGUCUUGCGGAACAGGGCACUGGAGGAUGUUAUCGAAUCGAUUAGGAUUCCAUGUGCAAACGCUAAACAGGGGUGCAAGAGGAACGUCUCAUAUGGGGAAAGAUCGUCCCACGAAAGAGAAUGUAUCUUCACCCUAUGUCCGUGCCCUUCAAGCGGCUGCGAAUUCACUGGGAAAUAUAAAGAUCUUUACGAGCACUACCGUUUGUGUGGCAAACGCCUAAGUAUCGAACUUGGCGAUGGGAAUGUAGUUCUGCAGGAGGAUAAAAAAAAUGGAGAACCGAUCGUGGUUCAACGACACAGAUUGCCCCACGGAGAGUUGGUAUCUGCUUGUUGUAUUGCACCUUCGAUCCCGGGGGCAGGCGAGUUCACGUACACUCUCACCGACUUGCCAUGCGUCAGCCGCUACUGCAUUGAAGCAACUGCAUCGGUGACGAGAGUUCAGAAAGUGACAGAUCAGCCUCCGGACAAGGAUUUCGUGUUGUUUCCUACCUAUCUGGUCCGUAUAGCUGGUGGCCAUAUGAAGUUAGACAUUCGAAUCUGUCGUCCUGACGUGACGUCUGGUUGUCGUGAAUCUUUUGUAUGAAACGGGUGGCAACAAAUGUUUUUCUUUUUUGCGAACGAUAUUAUUUUAGAUUAAUUAGCGUUUUCUGGUGAUUAUUAUCGCAUGUGUUUUGGUAGUGACAAAGCAUUCGGUGAGGUGGUAGAGAUAGCGAUGAUGAACGAUGCAUUUCGGAAGAUGCUUUGUGUUUUG